AUGGCCAAGGGCCAGAAAUCCUCUGCGACGUCUGCCACGCGUAAGAAGCAUGCGCUGAAGGCCACUGGAGGCGCUAAACAGGAGCUUCCUCUACCCAAGGAAAAGAAGAAGGACAAAGGGAAGGGAAAGGGCAAGAACAAGGAACCACGCGUUAAAGUCUUUAUACCACCUUCCAAGCCUGCUCCCAUUCGUCCAGACCCACUUGAUAGCCUCGGAAUCGCGAAGCGCCUUCCUCCUGAUAUCCUUAUCGUCCUUAGACGUCUUGGAAAGAAGGAUUCUAUUACGAAGAGGAAAGCCCUAGAGGAGUUACAGAGCGGUUGGCUGGACAAGAUAUCGAAGGGAGACGAUGACAGCGGUACGAUUGAAGCAACUCUCACAACUUCGCUUCCUGUUUGGUUACACCAUCUCCCCUCGUUGCUCCUGAACGUCUCGCGCAGAAUCAGAUUGCUUGCUGCUGCUAUUCACACUUCACUCCUCCGCAUACAAUCAUUACACGAGCAGUUUGUUUUCUUCCUUACAGAAACGGGCGAUGUUUCCCAGAUUGAGCCGAUCAUUGGGUCGUGGUGUAUGGCCGCAGAAGACGUUGAUAGAAUGGUUUCGAUACAAGCGAAACAAGCUUGGGACCUCGUUUUCCAGUCAUUGCCUACGUCUAGUUCUGGAAUAAAUCUGGAUGACAAUUAUCUGAAACUCUUACUAAGGUUUAUUAGACGUGCAUUAUUUGAUCCCAUGGCUGUCUACUCGGACUUGAAUCCGAUACAACCGUCAGUCGAGUCUUCGCUGCCAGCUCAUGCUUCACCACGUAACAAAGGUGCUCCAAAACGGCCUCCUAUCCCACCUAUUGUCGAAGAGGAUGCAUCGCUCCGUAAGCCGGAAGAGGAAGAAGAAAGCGACGAUGAUCGGAAAGGAAGGUUCCGGGUGGGAGCUCUGGGCGUAUUGCGAUGGCUAUUGGAGAAGGACAAUAUUUCUAUUUCUGAGCAGCUUUCUGAGCUCCUCUCAUACCCUCUACUUUGGACGAGCCUAUAUCAUGGCUCAGCUCCUCCAUUUUGCGAUACACAUUCUUCGUCUGGUUUCAUAGGCGACGAGCAGCCUGCCGCUCGAAAGGCAGGGUGGUCCGUCCUUCGGAUCCUUCUUAGAAAGCAUUCUUCCUAUGUUGACGAGACGAUUUUGCGAAUCCUGAGUUCUGCUGUGCUUAGGUCGGCGUGGGUAGAGCCUGAUUCCGGGGUCCAGAGCAGCAUGUGGGAGCCACUACUCAAGUUUCUAACGAGUUUCCCUCAGGCUUGGAAUAUCGAUACGUCUGCUAGCACGUUGGACAACGAAGCUGGGGAAAAUGAUGAAGAAUCCGACGAUGACUCAUCAGAAGGGAACAAAGACACAGAGGAUAACGAAAAGACGGAAACGACAAGCCAGAGCCAUUCUGAAGCAUUUCGCGAAUUUCUUCUUUUCUUAGAACUCGGUUGCUAUGGUUCACCAGCACAAGGUUAUCCGACUAUAGUGAUCAUCCUGUCGACGAUCCCUCCCCCCAUAAUUGGAAAGGAGCCAGAUUCGUGGUCGGACUUUCUCACAUCCUUUUGGGCUGCACUUGAUGGUCGCGCGCUCACAUCGCUUGCCGCAGAGCGUGCUUUGGCAUCAUCAGCCUUCCUGAGUGCUCUGCUUGAGUGUCUUAUUCUACUUAUCAAACGCUCUCGGGUGUUCUCGGACAGCACAUCAAAUAAUGACGAGGACAAUCGUACAGCAGCAAAAACUAUUCUCGGACAGCAGUUCGGCCGGGUGUGGGAGGAGCUCAUUAAAGAUCGACUGAAGGUACAAGAUAGAACUGCUGGUAAAUUAUUUACACAGACGUUUGCUCGCCUAGCGGAUAUAAACGACGCUUUAUUUGCGGCAGCAUGGGACCCGAUUUCUUCAAGUGUUACUGCUGCCCUAUCGCCUGAGCAUCGCGAACCGCCAUCAGCAAGUAUCAAGCGAUUCACAGCGCAAUUCUCGUUACUCAGGUCAAUCCUUAAUGAAAGUAAAGGACUUCCCGAUGCAUCAUCUUGGAGUACAAAAGUCUCGGUACUUGUAUGCACAGCUGCCAGAGUAUUGCUCGAGCAGACGGACGAGCAAUUGGGCAAUACAGGAAAGACUAGGUUAAGGUUGGCCGAUACGACAUUAAUUCAACGCCUUGUAGAAACGUUGAGACUCUUCGGAGAACUACUUUUAAGGAACAGUGACCUUACUCCGAGAAUCGAUGCCGUGAUGAGCAAGAACAUUUCCGGUAUUCUGCAAUCGGAUGUAACUGUGCAGCUUCUCAUUGUGUUUCUUCGGCAUCGUGGUGAUAACAAUGCAUGUCUAUCCCUGUGGCAUGAUACAUUGAAAGUAAUCUCAUCUGAUACGGUUCUCCAAGAAGAAGCUCUGCCUAUACUCUUGGUUGCCGCAGAAAGGGAUGACUUGCCGGAUUUCCUAAAGCCAGAAGAUGACGAGAUGGAUAGAAUUGCUUCUAGACUCGUCCUUGACUUACUUUCUUCUGACGAACAAAAGGAAUCGUUGAAAACCACGGUGGAGCGACUUCUGAAACGGCCAUGUUUCUUCAUCUCGUCUCGCGCUGCGUCUGACCUGCUACGUACAAUCGCGUCCGUAUUUGCUGAAAAUUCGAGAAACCUCAUUCGAGAUGCAGAAUCAUCUGCAUCACUCGUUCCUCUGCGGACCCCGUUAAUGCUAUUGAGUUCGGUAAUAGAUACGCAACCGACUGUUGCGUUAUCAGAGGAAGUCCGUGCCUUUCUUCCAGACGUAUUUGUCUUUGGUUACAUUCUGCCUCGAGCGGAACUUCUGUCGAGCGAGGCACGGAUCCUCUGUACGCAGGCGAGACAGAUUUGGACGACUGCUAUUUCUCUGGAAGGUCUCAGUUCGGAAGAGCGGGAUGCAUUACAAAGUUCUGUUCGAUCAUUGCUCCGCGAUCUACUUAGCGACAUUAACAGCCGUGCUCCGCCUGAAGCAAUACUCGAGAUCGUAUAUGAGGGCCAUGCAGGCAAUGCAGUGGAUUUAAUGAGCGAACUCUUUCCUUCUCAGGAUCAAUUAGAAGCUUUGCUCUAUGAUCUUCCAUCCAACCCAGUUGAUCCUAUUCUCGCAAUUGUUGACCCAUUAAUCCCACCGCAGUCCAUGUGGAAGGAUGUGCCGAAUCGUGUGAGGCUGCCGUACGAUCGAUCAGGCUUAUGCGAAUUUGCUAGAGUCGUGAACUCGUUGCUACUCGUCGCCUCAAAGAGCCGAGAUUUUGCACGACAGAACAUAUGGUUAUUACGACACUUUCUUAUUCUCUCGCUUGCGGCGUCGGAACGACGCCUUGUGCCUUCGGCGACUUCAGCAUUUUUCUCAUGUAACGUUCCAGAGAGCAUAUUGGAAGAGAUCACGACGCGGGUGAAGGCUUUGACUGCGUUCCUUCUUUCGGACGUGGGCGACGAGGACUGGCAUGCAUCAUUAAUUCAAACGUAUGAAAAGGGUAAAAACGGAGAUCAGACGGUAUUUGCCUACAGAAACUUUCCCUCUUUCGUACUCCAUAUGCUUGAAUCGGCGGCACGACGCGAUGACUUGCAAGAGUCCAGAGCUUUCUGCACAGUUGUCCAGUAUGUUCUUAACGGCGCGGUCAGGAAGGAUGCCGAACAGUGGAUGACUUUGGCAAAACGUUUAGAAAACCGAUCUCCUAAUACUGCGUUGGCCAUCGCUCAUGCAGUAAACAAAAGCGGACUUGAGCCUCCCAGUCUAGAUCGUUAUCGGAAUGAACUCGCUGCGAGUGCGCUGGGCGUCGGGGCCUCAAAAGCUAACACCGAUGGCGUCGCAUUGCUCCAUCGCUUGAAUCUGGUUGCCCCGGAUCCAAAUUCUGAUGUUGUGUUUCUUCCACAGAACCGUGCUAUUAACUUUAUGAAAGCUUGUCAGAGCUGGAUAGCAUCGGAUGAAGAUAUUUCUGAGGACGUGGAAAGCGAGAUGACGCUUGUUUUCCAGCACCUUGCUCCGAUACUUCAAACCGUAUCUGGUGCACAUUGGGAUUUCGUCUUCGAUGUUGUCGAGAAUAACUUGGAGAAUUGUUCAUUUGUGGACACGUCAAGUCUCGUAGCAUUGACACGGACGCUUAAGCUUAUACUCAUUAUUCAAGACUUGUGUGGUUCGAAUAAGUCCUUACGUGCAGCUUGGCAGGAACGGGAGAUGCAGAUACUGUCGCUCGUACGAAACAUCGUGCAACAUGCUUCAGGAUCUUCCGCAUCGAUUCCUAGGUCUAUAUGCUGGGAGAUGGCUCUGAAAAUUGUGCAAAAUUUACCCUUAUCGCUAAUUGAUCACGAGACACUACCGAAAAUGGUGCAUCUUAUCCUUGACCCUUCACCAGAGGUUGCGAAAAUGGCCUACGAGCCGUUAUUCAGAGCUGCUCGGAAGAGGACUGAGUAUCUAGUUGUGGAAGCUGCAGUAGAAACUUCGAAUGAAAUGUCAAGUUACGAAAUACCACCAGAGCUACUACAGGUGCUUCAAGAUGCACUUGAACCGGAUGACGGAUCAGAUCCGAAAACGUUUGCGUAUCUACUAGGAUGGAUGAUCAUUUUCGAUCUGUUUGACGAAGCAUCGCUGCGCGUGAAAAUCGGCUAUGCUACUCAACUGCGGAACCUGGAUUUAAUUGGAUCGAACUUUCUCCCCUUUAUCUUUGACUUACUUGAAGUGUAUCGUGGGAGGGGUAAACCAUUUCCCUUAGAGCAAUGGUCUGUGGAAGAGUACUUUGUCCAAUUUUACGACACAGAGACCCGCCUCAGCCCACGACUCCUGGCUGCACAUCUAUUCUACCGGGCCCUUCUAAACGUGCCUUCCCUCAUUGCAAGUUGGUGGACAGGUUGCAAGGAUCGGCAGCUUGUUAUUGCUGUGUCAAACUUGACAACGAAAUAUUAUUCCCCUGUACUCAUUGCUGCUGAACUGCAGCAUGUCAAGGAUCCGGCUGGUGUUGCAGAGCUUUCUGGAGAGAAUUGGAAUGUUAAGGUCGCGGCUGGGGUUGGCGAGGUCGCUGCUUCGUAUACGGUCGAUGAACAGGUCAUGGAGAUCGCCAUCUGCCUUCCCCGUGAUUACCCGUUACAUGGAAUUGAAGUUCGUGAGGUGCAAAAGCUCGGCGUUGAGGAGAACCGGUGGCGUGGAUGGCUACUUGCAGUACAACAGAUUGUCACUUCUCAGAACGGACGGAUUGUCGAUGGCCUGAGCAUAUUCAAAAAGAACGUGACCCACCAUUUCGAAAAUCAGACAGAAUGUGCUAUUUGCUACUCAAUAAUCAGUGUCACGGAGUUAUCAUUGCCGAAAAAGCGCUGCAAGACCUGCAAGAAUCGAUUUCAUGCUGGCUGUCUAUUUAAGUGGUUUAACACGAGCCAUACAUCUUCGUGUCCGCUUUGCCGUUCUGACUUUAUUUGAAAAGCUCCAAUAAAUCAUUACCAUUGCAUUACAUCAACCUCCAUAGAUUCACAGUUCAUCCUGUAGCUUCUGACUAGACAUGUAGCGAAGUAAAUUCAGUGUACACUGCUAGUAUAUUAUAUGCCAUCUUUUC